CCUUGUCAAAGCAACCUUAGUGAUCACCAUGGAAGAGAUUGGCGUGCAAAUACUACCCUCUCACAAAGAACUUGCUACUCCUAAGAACAAGACUACGCUGUUGGAAGAACUCGCAGAACAGGAUUUGUACACAAAACUAAAGAAGCUCCAGCGACAUUUAGAAUUCCUCGAACUGCAAGAAGAUUAUAUCAAGGAUGAGCAGAAGAAUUUGAAGCGAGAGCUCAUUCGAGCCCAAGAAGAAGUGCAACGUAUACAGUCAGUACCUUUAGUCAUUGGUCAGUUCCUGGAACCGAUUGAUCAGCAUACUGGUAUUGUGGGCUCCACCACUGGCUCCAACUACGUUGUUCGCAUUCUCAGCACAAUCGAUCGUGAACUCUUGAAACCAAGCGCGUCUGUAGCUCUCCAUCGCCACUCCAACGCACUUGUUGAUGUUCUUCCACCGGAAGCUGACAGCAGUAUCGCCAUGUUGGGAGCGGAUGAAAAGCCAGAUGUAGCAUAUUCAGAUGUUGGUGGAUUAGAUAUACAAAAGCAAGAAAUCCGAGAAGCUGUUGAAUUGCCACUCACGCACUUUGACCUGUAUCGUCAAAUCGGUAUCGACCCACCACGCGGUGUUUUGCUAUAUGGUCCACCCGGUACUGGUAAAACCAUGUUGGUUAAAGCAGUUGCUCAUCAUACGACGGCGAGCUUCAUCAGAGUGGUUGGAUCUGAAUUCGUACAAAAAUACUUGGGUGAAGGUCCACGAAUGGUCCGUGAUGUAUUCAGACUAGCUCGCGAAAACUCACCCUCCAUCAUUUUCAUCGAUGAAAUCGAUGCUAUUGCCACGAAGCGUUUCGAUGCUCAAACCGGAGCAGAUCGAGAAGUCCAGCGUAUUCUUCUUGAAUUGCUUAAUCAGAUGGAUGGUUUUGAUCAAACGUCGAACGUCAAGGUCAUCAUGGCAACGAACCGUGCAGAUACACUUGACCCAGCAUUGCUGAGACCUGGUCGAUUGGAUCGUAAAAUAGAAUUCCCCACACCCGACAGACGCCAAAAGCGACUGAUUUUCAGCACAAUCACAGCAAAGAUGAAUCUCUCUGAGGAAGUUGAUUUAGAAGACUUUGUUUCGCGACCUGAUAAACUCUCUGGAGCAGAGAUUGCUGCCAUCUGCCAGGAAGCAGGAAUGCAUGCUGUUAGGAAGAACCGUUAUGUUAUUCUCAGCAAAGAUAUUGAGAAGGGCUACAAGUCCAAUGUUAAGAAAGCAGAUAUCAACUUUGAAUUUUAUAAAUAACCACCCGACUGACAGUAAUAAAAAUUUGUUUGUCUUCUCUUUUUUUUUCUACAUCCUUUUUUACA